UCCAACCGCAACGGACUAAAGCCAAUGGCGGCGCCCAUCUUGCCGGUGGCGGAGGCUGCCACCGACGAGGAAACGGUGACGGCCGAAGCAGGGUUCUUGGAGCCCGGGGCCGCCCCGUACGGAAACUUCCCCAGUUACUCCCGCUUCCACCCGCCCGAACAGCGGCUUCGCCUCCUGCCCCCGGCGCUGCUGCGGCGGCUGUUUCCCCCGGGAGGCCCCGAUCCUCGGCCGCUGCUGGGGCUUGAUGUGGGCUGUAACUCCGGGGAGCUGAGUAUUGCUCUAUACAGACAUUUCCUCUCCCUUGAAGAGGGAGAGAUCUGUCCAGUUUCCACUAGAGACCUCCGCUUCCUUUGCUGUGACAUUGACCCUGUCCUGGUGGAUCGAGCUGAGAAAGACUGCCCCUUCCCUGCAACUAUAUCCUUUGUUACCUUGGACAUCAUGGAUCCCCAGACCCGGGAGCCCCUUUUGAGUUCUUUCCUGAACCAGUUUGGCCGCUCAGCCUUUGAUAUAGUCUUCUGUAUGUCCAUCACCAUGUGGAUCCAUCUGAACCACGGGGACAAUGGCCUACUUGAAUUCCUGGCCCGUCUUGCUUCUCUCUGCCGCUACCUCCUGGUUGAACCACAGCCUUGGAAAUGUUACCGGGCAGCUGCCAGGCGCCUUCGAAAGCUAGGCCGCCAUAACUUUGACCACUUUCGUUCUCUUGCCAUUCGUGGUGACAUGGCUGACCGUAUCAUUCAGAUUCUUACCAAUGACCAUGGCAUGGAGCUGGUGUGCUGCUUUGGCAGCACUAGCUGGGACCGAAGUCUCUUGCUCUUCAGGGCAAACCAGUCAUCAGCGCCUACGCCAUACCUGUAAUCAAGAUGAUACAUAAUGAAUAGAGUAGAUUGAUCUCCUCAAAGCAGCAAGGUGGGGGGGGGGGGGUGGAGAAGCAGAUUAAGAGAAAUUGAAAGAAUACUGACAUAGCUGAGGAGAUUUCUGGGUUCAUCCUCUCCUUAACUGUUAACAAGGUAGCAUCAAAACCCAAUAGAAGUUAUUGGAUGAAUGAUCAAGGUAAAUGGUACUUGUUCUCCAUUGCUUGGGGGAUAGAUCAUGAAUAGGAGAAGCCCGAAUCAGCAAAGUCCUGGGAUUUCUGGUGUAGAGUACAGGGAUGUCCUUUGUAAGUUUGGACGUGGUGCAGAGGCUGUCUGGGGGGCGUUUCUUCAAAGGAGGAUGAGCUGGAACCUGGCCUGCUCUGAAGUGAUUUGAUCAUAUUUGGGUUUGGUCUGGUUUCUUGGGGGGGGACUUUGGACUAGAAAAAGACAAGCUGUUUUCACCUAUGAUAUUCCUAGGCAUCAUGCUGAAACCAUAUAAUCUGGAAUGAGGACUUACUGAACUGUCUAAAGUAAAGGUUUAUGGAAAAGCCAUCUUAUCUCUGUCAAAAAGGCCGGGUCUAAAAUAUUCAGAGACUUAGGGCGGGCCACACAAAUGCAAUCAGUUGGAUGUGUAUGCCCCGACAGAACCAAUAAAUACAAAUUACAAAAUCAACAUGUAAUUCAAUAAAAAUAAUGUAUUUUGC